UGGAGCAGAAACGAGCAUAGAUGGAUCAAAAUUCGUCCGGUCUGUGCUGAAGCAGCUGAAUUUCACUCCAUCUAUGACCAGCAUAAAGCAGAGCCUAAUAAUUUGAUUGCAGAAAAGACUUUACAUAGUGAAUGCAGGGUCCGGGGAGAGCGGAUAGAGUGAAUGCAGGGUCCGGGGAGAGCGGAUAUAGUGAAUGCAGGGUCCGGGGAGAGCGGAUAUAGUGAAUGCAGGGUCCGGGGAGAGCGGAUAUAGUGAAUGCAGGGUCCGGGGAGAGCGGAUAUAUGCAGGGUCCGGGGAGACCAGCUCCUAUAUAGUGAGUGCAGGGUCCGGGGAGACCAGCUAUAGUGAGUGCAGGGUCCGGGGAGACCAGCUAUAGUGAGUGCAGGGAGACCAGCUAUAGUGAGUGCAGGGUCC